AUGUGCCAGUUAUUCUUGUGCAGCCAGCAGACCAUGCUAGCUGUUGCCCUUUCUCUUGGAUAUUUCCUGUAUCUGUUUUUGGGGGCUAUGAUGUUCCAGCUUCUAGAGAAACAAGCAGAAGAAAAUUCCAGAGACCAGUUCCAGUUGGCAAAGCUCAGUUUCCUGCAGAACUAUACAUGUCUGGAUGUGAGAGCCCUUGAACAGUUUGUACAGAUUAUAAUGGAAGCCUGGGAAAAGGGAUUGAACCCUAAAGGUAACUCUACAAACCCCAGCAACUGGGACUUCAGCAGCUCGUUCUUCUUUGCUGGGACAGUCAUUACGACUAUAGGUUAUGGUAACUUGUCCCCGAGUACAGUUGCAGGACAGGUCUUCUGCGUGUUCUAUGCCUUAUUUGGGGUCCCCCUGAACCUGGCAUUUCUGAACCAAGUCGGAAAAGGAUUAAAUAGUUAUCUGAUAGCUCUGGGAAAAUGUGCACAACGACCUGGAGAAUCUGGGCUAAUGAAGAAACUGAUAGUGGCAUUUUAUCUGCUGGCUGGAUCACUCCUCUUCUUGGUCUUUCCGCCAAUGAUCUUCAGUUACGUAGAAGGAUGGAGCUAUGGAGAGGGAUUUUACUUUGCCUUCAUCACUCUCAGCACCAUAGGAUUUGGAGAUUAUGUAUUAGGAACUGACCCAAACAAGCACUACAUAUCUGUAUACCGGAGCCUUGCUGCACUCUGGAUCAUUUUUGGCCUAGCUUGGCUUGCGCUUGUUUUUAACCUUGCGGCAGAAUUUGUAGAGAAAUUGCUGCGCUUCAAGAUGCAGAAAAAGCAUGCCAUAAAAGAGGAGAAGGCUGAGAACCACAAUGGGGAAAACACAUUUGCCUGGCUGUUGGAAGUCACAGCUGAGUACAGAUAUCGGCCAAGCAAUGAAAAAAAACACAGCAAGACACAAAAUUUACUGAAGAUCUAUAGUGGUGCACACAGCUACCUAAAUGAAGAGCCACAGAUAGGCACAGAUGUGACAUUUAAUAAAGACUACACAAGUAUGGUAUAA